AAAUUUACCAUAUUAGCCACUGACCUAAAAAAUUUAAUUGCCCCUCACGGACCUGAAAUUGCACUUAACUAAAUUCUAUUUAUGGGGCUUAGCAAUUUUAUUCAAAAUAAAAUCUUAAAUAUUUACCUACUUUAUUACCCUUGUUGUUUUGCCUUUGAUUAUUUUUUUCUUUUCUGCUUCAUUAUUUAUAUUAUUAUUUGAACAUUGUAGUUGUGGUAGUAUUUAUUAAUUUAUUAUUAUGAGGUUUACAGCUUUUAUCUCAUUAAAAUAAAAAUUCAAUUUUCAUUUCAAGAAGCUUUGGAAAAAUCAACCAGCCAACAGAAUUUUUUCAACUUCUGAAAUUUUUAAGUUCUGGAGGGAGCUGAAAGAAAAUCUUGACACUUGCUAAAGUGUGUGGAAUCAUAGUGACAUGUCAUGAUCUUUGUACUCUGAAGAAUAUCCAGUGUUUGAUUUUGUUAUUGGUUUGAUUGUAUAGAUUUAAGAGGGAAAAGUUUGAAGUUUGCAUGGAAGGGAGAGAAGGUAACAACUCAGGGGUAACAGUGAUAGGAGCAGAAGCUCCAUCAACUUAUCAUAUGGCACCAAGGAGUGAAGCUCCAACUCAACAUGGUGCUGUUCCUGAAUCAGGAAGUGGAGCUAUCGGUGUCUCACCGGUGAAUGUAGGAUUGGAUGGAGGAACAAUUAAGAAGAAAAGAGGUAGGCCAAGGAAAUAUGGGCCAGAUGGGUCGGUUGCUGCUGUGGCGUUGUCCCCGUUGCCAAUCUCAUCUUCAGCUGCUUUUGUUAAUGAAUUUUCAACCGCGAAGCAGGCGAAACCGAAGGGAAUGGAGUUUAAGCAGUCGAAAAAAGGUGGAGUUGAUCCUCUAGGUGACUCGGUUGGUACCAACUUUAUGCCGCAUAUCAUUACCGUCAAUGCUGGCGAGGACAUUACAAUGAAAGUUAUAUCUUUUUCGCAACAAGGACCACGAGCUAUAUGCAUCCUAUCUGCUAGUGGCGUGAUUUCAAAUGUUACACUUCGUCAGCCUGAUUCUUCUGGCGGUACUUUGACCUAUGAGGGCCGUUUUGAGAUACUCUCACUAUCUGGAUCAUUCAUGCCUACUGAGAGCCAAGGAACAAUAAGCCGGUCCGGUGGAAUGAGUGUUUCUUUGUCAAGCCCUGAUGGCCGUGUUGUAGGUGGUGGAGUUGCCGGUCUUCUUGUCGCUGCCACUCCUGUGCAGGUGGUGGUUGGAAGUUUUCUGCCAAGUAACCAACAAGACCAGAAAACGAAGAAGCCAAAAUCUGAUUAUGCAACAGCUACCGUUACCGCACCUAUUCCAGUGUCUUCGGAACCACCUUCAACCAAUGGUGAAAGGAUAGAUGUCAUGUGUGGACACCCAAUGCAAAAUUCCGGAACAUUUAACUCGAACUUUACUCCUCCCUCGGCCUUUCGCAGAGAAAACUGGGCUAACAUGCACUCCGUGCCGGACUCAAUGAAGUCUGCAACUGAUAUUAACAUAUCUUUGCCUGAUAAUUAAAGAUGAUAAUCAACCCGCAAUCACAAAUCCACCGCUGUUGCUAACUACAUUCAUGACGGAUGAGCUAUUUAUUUGUAAUGUUUCCGGUGUUGUUCUGUAUCGUGUAGAUCGUUUCAAACCUGUUAUCUACUGUCUAAUUACCGUAGGAUGAAGUAGUUGACUUGUGUUGUAUGUUGCAGGCUUGCAGCGACGUUUCUUCAUUAUUCGUUGUUUAAUAGAGCAUAUGAUCACGUCGCUGAUUAGGUAGAUGCUGCAAUGUGAAAGUAUUUAUGAGUAGGCUAAUUUGGUUGCAAUGAAAAUUUGAUGCAAACUGAAGUUGAUGAAGUAUAAUUUGAUGUCACAAUUCACAACCA